UCCUGGACGGUUGACCCUGAUUUUACACAUCAUGCCCACUCUGCCUCAUUGUCAGCAGUAGCAGUGAAUAACAGAUAUGUGGUCACUGGGAGCAGGGAUGAGACAAUCCAAAUUUAUGACAUGAAAAAGAAGAUAGAACAUGGGGCAUUGCUGCAGCACAAUGGCACAGUAACAUGUUUGGAGUUCUAUGGAACUUCACAUCUACUGAGUGGGGCUGAAGAUGGGCUUAUCUGUAUCUGGAACACAAAGAGAUGGGAAUGCCUGAAAUCCAUUAAGGCACAUAAGGGGCACGUGACAUCUCUUUCUAUUCAUCCUUCUGGGAAAUUAGCUUUGUCAGUAGGAACAGAUAAAACAUUAAGAACUUGGAAUCUCGUAGAAGGACGAUCAGCCUUUAUCAAAAACCUGAAGCAAAAUGCCCACAUAAUUAAAUGGUCCCCUGAUGGAGAGAAGUAUGUAACUGUGGUGAUGAACAAAGUGGAUAUCUACAAACUUGACACAGCUUCAGUCACUGGCACUAUCACAACAGAGAAGAGAAUUUCUUCACUUAGAUUUGUUACAGAUUCUGUCCUUGCCAUAGCUGGAGAUGAUGAAAUUAUAAGAUUCUACAGCUGUGAGUCUCAAAAAUGCCUGUGUGAAUUUAAAGCUCAUGAAAACAG